CAGCUCUCCGUUGUCCGGAUCUCAUCUGAGAAACUGCCUGCCAGAAACAGAAAUUACUGCUCUGCUCUAAGCUGGUCAGUGAACAGGGAACUCCAGGACCGGCAGGAUGGGGGCAGCCUGCAUCAAAGUCACCAAGUACUUCCUCUUCCUCUUCAACCUGCUGUUCUUUAUCCUGGGUGCCGUGAUCCUGGGCUUUGGGGUGUGGAUCCUUGCAGACAAGAAGAGCUUCAUUUCUGUCCUACAAACCUCCUUCAGCUCAAUGCAGGUGGCAGCAUAUGUCUUCAUCGGUGUGGGCGCCUUCACCAUGAUCAUGGGGUUCCUGGGCUGUAUUGGUGCUGUCAAUGAGGUCCGCUGCCUGUUGGGACUGUACUUUGUCUUCCUUCUGCUGAUCCUCAUUGCACAGGUGACUGCUGGGACCUUUUUCUACUUCAACUCUGGCAAGCUGAAGCAGGGGAUGGGCAACGUGGUGAUGGACAUCAUUAGGAACUACAAAGUCAAUGCCAACAGCAGCCAUGAGGAGAACAUGCAGCAGGAGGCUUGGGACUACGUGCAGGCACAGGUGAAGUGCUGUGGCUGGGAGAGCCCCUACAACUGGACAGAGAACGCCGAGAUCAGGAACUUUACAGUGACCACCUACCCCUGCUCCUGUGAGAUCAUGAAGGAAGAGGACAACCAGCUCAUUGUGAAGAAGGGUUUCUGUGAGGUCGAUGGCAACAGCACCCUGGGCGAAAACCUCCCUGAAGAGUGGCCUGUGUACCCGGAGGGGUGCAUGAAGAAGGUGCAGGCGUGGCUGGAGGAGAACCUUGGCAUCCUCCUGGGAGUGUGUGUCGGUGUUGCUGUCAUUGAGCUGCUUGGGUUGCUCCUGUCCAUCUGUUUGUGCCGGCACAUUCAUUCUGAAGACUACAGCAAGGUCCCCAAGUAUUGAGGCUACUGACAUCCCCACUGUCCUGUGUCUUUCCACCCUCAGCCUCCUAUGAGCCUUUCUGGCUCUUUACCCCAUGGCCUGUGCUCCACCUGUCACUAAGGCCUCUGGACCAUCCUGGGCAGGUUGUACUAGGAACUUUCUGGGCCUGGGAUCUUCUCCAUGCCUCUGUGCUGCCAAUAUGGGGCCCUGGCUGUUCUGUAGCUCUUUCUACUAUUGCCUGGGGUCUCUUAACAGCUUAAAAUGGCUCCCAGUGUUGAUGUACACAGGAUGACUGGGUGCCUACCCUAAAGUCAUAGUGUAUUUAAAAAAAAAAAAAAAGCAGGAAGGGUGGUUGUGGCACCCAUGGCUGCCCAGGGACAGACCACAGGAAAGGUUAGUGGGUUAUUUCCACUGUGACACUUUCUUUGUGGGUUUCCCAUGUUUCUGUGGGAGACAGAGUGGGGAGUCAGUCCUUCCCCACACUUGAAACAGCCUUCCAAAGCUCAGCUCAGCAGGA